UGCAUUCUGACACAGCGAGUUCGGAAUUUUCCAAGUCUUGUGAAGUGAGUGCACAGAAUGGAUGCGAUUCAGGAUGAAAACGCAAUUCUCAAGGAAGGGUUUCUAGUGAAAAGGGGCCACAUUGUGCACAACUGGAAGGCGCGCUGGUUCGUUCUCCUCCCGGACAGGCUUCUGUACUACAGAUACGAAGGGGGGAAGCGGGAGUCCUGUCCCAGGGGCAAGGUCUUCCUCGCAGACUGCAAAGUUACCUGUCCCUGCCUGGAAUACGAGAACAGACCGAUGGUGAUUAAAUUAAAGACACAGAAAUCGACAGAGUAUUUCCUCGAAGCGUGUUCUCGGGAGCAGCGUGACACGUGGGCAUCCAGCAUCACAGCGGCUAUCCACACGCUGCUCCCCGCGCAGGCUCCGAAACCAGAUCCGGAGCACUCGCCCAUAGAGCUGCACAACGUCAGCUUGAGCCAGGUGGCGGAUUCAAUGCAUGACAUUCACAGUGGGAUCAAACUAAUGAACCACAUAGAACAAGGCAGCUCUUUCAAGAAGUGUUUCACAGGCUCCGCUCUGGUCGACUGGUUGGUCUCUCUCAAUUUCGUGGUGACUCGUUUUGAAGCGGUGACGCUGUCCUCCGCACUGAUGGAUGAGAACUUUGUGAAACCCAUAGGGAUUAAGAGUAUCGAGGCGAUCAGGAGCGGGGAGCUGUCCGAUCAGUUUCUCGACGACUCUACGGCGCUAUACACCUUCACGGAGCGCUACAAGAGGAAAGCCAGCGUGAAGCAUGAAGUCAGUCUCUCGGCAGUGGAGCUCAGCGGAAGAGUUGUGAUUCAGGGAUAUUUAUUGAAGCAGGGACACAACAGAAAAAGCUGGAAGGUUCGGCUGUUCAUUCUGAGGGCGGAGCCUGGUUACCUACAUUACUAUGAUCCCUCCCGCGACGACCAUCGGCCAGUCGGAGGAUUUCCACUGCGGGGCUGUCUCGUCUCGGCACUCGAAGACAACGGAGUUCACUCGGGAGUGAAGGGGAAGCUGCAGGGCAAUCUGUUCAAAAUAAUAACUCAGAACGACAUCCACUACUACAUCCAGGCCACCUCCAAGGAAGAGAGGCUGGAAUGGAUCAGCGCCCUGAAGCAGCUGACGUGUUAGCAGGACGAGAAGAUUUCAGGGCUGGGACAGUCACGUGAUAUGUGUGUAAGGAGCAGUGUUGUGUGAUGGUGAAAACCAUCUCUGCAGUACAGCGGGUAAAAAGCAACUUGUUACGGAUGUGAAAUAUCCCAGUAAUCGUAACUAACGUCUACUUCUAGAUUCAUUUUGUAUCGUUUUCUGUUUCUGUUCUUUCCUUGGCUGCAUGUCUUGCCGGUGCUGUCUGAUGUAUUUCUUAAAUCCAUUACAGGAUAGAUGUUGAAGGGGGGGCAGGUUCAUGGUUACACUCUGGAGUACCAAAGGCACUUGGAGAUUAGACAUGCAUUCAUAUAGGAGUGAUGUGUUAAUUAAGACUGAGAGCAGCCCAGUUGUUAGCCUAGCUUUCUUUAAGGAAUACAGCCCAGUAUCUCCAAUAACUGCUUCUGGAAUCAGAAUUACUUCUUGGUAUUUGCCCUGAUUAUUUUGCUAUGCAUUCUGUGAGUGUACAAUUAAUGAAUAAUGCUCAUACUAAAUGAGCAGCUGUAGAAAGUUUUUUUUUUUUAAUUAACAUAUUUAUACAUAUACAGAAUAUACUCAUUUUUAUAGUACAUGUUUUUAUUGUAUCUUUGUACACUGCCUGUGAACCAGUGCUUGUAGUUCAUAUUGUAUCCAUCGUCAAACGCUUUUAAUGUCAUUUCAAUGGGGCCCAGCAGAAAUAGUGACAAUGAGAGCUGACUUCAUAAGUUCAUAAACCUGCUAAAACAUAUUUACUUUGUGAAACUCCACAUACAGUACUGUUGUGAUCACAAUACUGUAAUUAGUUAUGUAUUCAUUAUUCAGUGUUCUACCAUUAUGAACGUUGUAACACCACGGAAGCCAGAACAUUUCAAUAAACACCUUUAACCUGUAACUACAUGCGAGCUCUCCAAUCAUGUGCUCGCAUUUCAAUAAACACCUUUAACCUGUAACUACAUGCAAGCUCUCCAAUCGUGUGCUCGCAUUUCAAUAAACACCUUUAACCUGUAACUACAUGCAAGCUCUCCAAUCGUUUCUCCAUGUCAUAAGAAGAGGCGUGGAAAUCAGUUGCAUCGCUGAUAGAUACUGAUAUUAUCAGGAGUAUGAUUAUAAUCAAGUCGUAUGGAGCCGGUGCCUAUUGACUCCUACUAUUAUAUUAUCAUUCUUCUGUCAAUAUGUAGAUGAUAAGCAGAAAAGGACAAUCAUUAACUGGAUUCAUUUUAACAGAUUUGACAAUGUGGUCAUUGUAUAUAUUUUUUGUAAUAGAUUUGUAAUUGUUUUGUAUUACAUGAUAUGCACCUUUACACAAAAAUAAAAUGUAAUAAUAUCACCUGUAACCUUUUCUCAUGAGUUAUUUUUCAAGCGUUAACUCAUGAGUUAUUGAAAAAAAUUUUGUCCAGUUUGAUUUUAUUAAUAAAAUUAAAGUUUGAUAUUCCUGAAACUGUUCUGAACUUUUGUCAGCUUUU